CACUCGCAGCGUCGAUAAGCGCGCCCGCCCGCUUGUGAAAUUAGCGGAAAAUCAGAUCUUCAGCAAUCUGAAAUAGCCGCGGAAUGAGCACCUGGAAUCCAGAGAACGAUGUGGACCUGCUGUCCGGUUCCGAGGACGAGGAGGCAGUGUCCAUGAAGCGGGACUACCAUGGGCGCGAGGCCAUUCUCUUCGUGGUGGACGCCAAUCUGCAGACAGCAGGCGUGGAGCGCCUGUUGGAGGCACUGAACAUCAUCCGAACGGCCUUUAUAUCCGGAAUGCUUGUCAACGACAAGGACCUUAUCGGACUCAUCUUCGCCAACACCAAGCACAGUCCGCCGCCGCUGGAAGCCAGUGCCUUGGACAACAUCGUAAUGCCGGAUAACUGCGCUGUGUUCCUGCCCCUGCGCCAACUCACCAAACCCAUUGUAGAGCACUAUCUGGAGUUCAUGGGCGGAGUGGAGACGCAGUUUGCCGAUGUAUAUGGCCUGGCGGAGCCCGAUGGCCGCGGUCGGUUUGACCUUAUGAUCCGGCUCUGCAUCGAGAUGCUGGAGAAGUGCGGCAAGAAGCUAAACAACGCCAAGAUCGCCUACCUUACAGACGUUAGUACACCUCAUCCAUCGAGCAGCAAUCACUUCCAGGCUGCCCUGCAAAAGGCCAGCGAUCUGGAGGGCAAGGAGUUCGAGUUUCAUGUCAUUCCCAUGGUCGAUGACUUUGACUACGAGCCGUUCUACAAGGAGUUCAUCACGCUGUCCAGAGCCAUCGAGCUAGACGCCUUUCAGGUGCCGGAUGCCCAGAUGCUGCGUGAGAUCCUGGCAGAUCGCAAGCUGAAGCAGGAUUUCCUUCGCCGAUGCCUGGGUCACUUCAGUUUUUAUCUGGGCCCCAACCUAUCCAUGUCCGUACAGUACUACAAUUACUUUCAACGACGCGCCUAUCCGCGCAAAGUGCAAAUCCUGCGAAGGGACAACAGUGUUGUGCGCACCAAGCGGGUGAUUACGGUGCAAAAGCAGAAGGACGAUGGGUCGCAGGAUAUCGAGCACGAGUACCAGAUUAAGGUAACGGGCGGUUGGUACACUUGCUCCGUGGGCCAGAAAGACCUGCGCAUCAGCACGGAUCUGAUGAGCAGGGUGCGCAACCUGCACAAGCCUCAAAUGAUGCUGCUGGGCUUCAAGCACCGAUCCUCUAUGCCCGAAGUGAGCUACAUCAAGCCCUCGAAUUUUAUGUAUCCCGAUGAUCAGAGCAUCAUCGGAUCGAAACGUUUGUUCCGGGCUUUGUGGGAGCGUUGCUUGACGCGAGACAAGAUUGCCAUUUGCCUGUUCAUGUGUAAGCGCAAGUCCAUGCCUCGCUAUGUGGCUCUUGUGCCAGUCGAGGCCCCGGAUAAUGGGGAGGAGAAGAGCUACCGCUCUCUGCUAUGCGGUGAUGGAUUCAAGAUUGUCUACUUGCCGGAGGCCAAGCACAUCCGGCACAUAGACAUGCAGGACUGGAACAAUACUGAAAACACAGCUGACGACAAGAAAGUCGAAUUUUUCCAAAAGAUCAUCAAGAAGCUGCGCGUUGACUACCAGCCUAAUCUCAUCAACGACCCAAGUCUGGACGCCCUGCAGGCGAAUCUUCUGGCCCUUUCAUUGGACUUUUCGACGGACACCAAAGGCCUUGACAAUCUGCUGGACACCUCGCAACAGGAUAAGCGCAUUGAAAAGCUCUUGCCAGACUAUGAGAUGUUCGCCGCAGAAGCGGAACCCCCCAAGAAGCGAACAGCAAAGUCCGCAACAACGGGAGCGAGCGCUCCUAAAAUGGCCAAGAUCGACGAUGAGCACCUCAAGGAAUACGAUUUCGUAAGGGGCCUAAUCAAGGAUGAAGCUCUGACGAGUUGCACAGCCGCUCAGCUUCAGUUUAUUCUGCAGCACCACUUCGAUGUUACCAUGCCCAAGUCGUCAACGAAGGCAAAAAUGGUGGCCAAAAUCGAGGAACUACAAAAGUAGUUAAUUGAUUCCAUGCCAUAAAGUGAUAAAUCUGUACCAUUCUACUAGUACAUACCAUUAGUAAACAUAGAAUUGCUAGUUGAUAAGAAUGUUUUGUUGGCCGAAUUGUUAAUUGGAUACAUACCAUAUUUAUAAAAUAAAUCAUUAAAUGUUAUUUAUAAAAAAGA